CUGGGCGCGCGAUGGGGCGGGGGAGUCCAUCCGGCGGGCGGCGCGCGGCGAGUGGACGCGCACGGCUGGCGGAACGCAGGCAGCGCCGAGGGCAGCCAGGCGAACGCUGGGGCUUCGGCGGCGCCUGUCGGAGGCGGGGCAGGAAGGCCCGUGCAGCGCCUUAACCUCGCCGGGCGUGGGGAGAGGGCUCGGCCCGCGGUUCCCGCUGAGGGUGGCCCCCCCACCCCAGGCCUCUUCAGAGGACACGUGUCAGUACUUUGUCGUCUCACCCCAUGUCAUAGCCCCUCCCCCAGGUCUGGGAUCCCCCGUCCGUCAGGCUCCGUUAUCCCCAGGCCCAACCCCCCGCUGACCCGCGCGCGGUCCCGGCCGGAUCCCUCUCCUCCCUGGCCCGUCUCCCUGGGCGGCGAGCGGCCCGGCCCCCGCAGAAGACACUCGUCAGCACGUUCUCACCCCUGUCAUCUCAUCCCUCUGCAUAACUCACCCCAGGCCUAGGGACUCCGGCCCAUUGUCCCCGGACCCAGCCCCUCGCUGAACGCAGGCUCGGCCCUAGCCCCCGCCCGGCGCGUCUCCGGCAACACGCCGCGACCCGGGAUGCAGCCCACAAGCUGGGCGACCGUCAGGGAGGCGGCGGGCCGUGACGUGCUGGCUGCCGACCUCCGCUGCAGCUUCUUCGCCUCGGCCCUGCAGAGCUACAAGCGCGACUCUGUACUGCGGCCCUUCCCCGCAUCCUAUGCCCGCCACGACUGCAAGGAUUUUGAGGCCCUGCUUGCAGAUGCCACUAAGUUACCCAACCUGAAAGAACUUCUCCAGUCCUCAGGAGACAAAGACACAUGGGCCUGGGACCUGGUGAGCUGGAUUUUAUCCUCAAAGGUCCUGACAAUCCACAGUGCAGGAAAGUCAGAGACAUCCUUGUUCGGGGAAGGGACCUACCUCACCAGUGACUUGAGCCUGGCUCUCAUUUACAGCCCCCAUGGCCAUGGGUGGCAGCGCAGCCUCCUGGGCCCCAUCCUUAGCUGUGUGGCCGUGUGCGAGGUCAUCGACCAUCCAGACGUCAAGUGCCAAACGAAGAAGAAGGAUUCCAGGGAGAUAGAUCGCAGGAGAGCGAGGAUCAAGCACAGUGAAGGGGGAGACAUCCCUCCAAAGUACUUUGUGGUCACCAAUAACCAGCUCCUGCGAGUGAAGUACCUGCUGGUGUACUCACAGAAGCAGCCCAAGAGGGGUGGACCAGUGGCUGAGGCCCUAGCCAGUCAGCAAGUUGCACCGCCCUACUUCCGCCUCAGUGAUUGGUUCAGACAUGGGCAUGUGACCCAGUCAGAGUCCACAGGAGGUUUGUUUUCGGGGGCUGCUGGGAAAGAGACUUGCCUUCCUCCUGAUGCCGUCUUGCUGCCUUGUGAAGCUUCAGACUGACGCCAACACCGUGGAAAGUAGAGCCAAGAGAGGAAGAGGAAAAGAGUCAUGAUGAUGUUUGAGUACUGAAUGCAGUCAUGCCUAAAGCUAGGCCUUUCACUUAAGUGACCAAUGAAUUCCGCUUUUUAACAGAAUUUAAAUGGGAUCUUGGGAAUAAAAGGAGGGGGGAGUCCAUGACUUAUACCCAUUAUCAUCCCCAGUGCUCCAUUGUUUUUGGUGUAAACUUUUAUUGAAUAUAGAAAGAUGUGGUUUUCAGAUGUGUGAGUCAGGAUUGAUGAAUUUUUUUUUUUUUUUGCUGUACGCGGGCCUCUCACUGUUGUGGCCUCUCCCAUUGCGGAGCACAGGCUCUGGAUGCGCAGGCUCAGUGGCCAUGGCUCACGGGCCCAGCCGCUCCAUGGCACGUGGGAUCUUCCCAGACUGGGGCACGAACCCGUGUCCCCUGCAUUGGCAGGCAGACUCUCAACCACUGCGCCACCAGGGAAGCCCAGGAUUGAUGAAUUUUGACUCUCCUCACCCCUGGACUCUACCCACAAGGCAUUCAAACCUGUGCAAAAUGAGAAUUGGGCAAAUCACACAAAAAAACACCAUGUUCUGGGUUAUUCUGCAGCCUGAGCAUCAAGGUGCUUCCUUGGGUCACUUGGACUCCUCCAGAAAGUCUUCUGGCCUAGGGAACCCCAGAGCACUCUGAGGUCUGCGAGCAGCAGUAGGUAGAUGUGACCAGGGUCCGGGGUUAUAAACUAUACUGGAGGGUCCUGGCCCACAGGAAAACCAGAGCUUGGGUCUGUAGCAAUAGAAGGAAUGAGGGAGAAAGGCACUACCAUUUAUUAAGUGCCUCCUGCAUGAUGAGCAUAUUGAAAGAAUUAUUUAAUCCUCACAAUACCCUUUCAAGGCAGAUACUAUUACCUUUGUUUUAUAGGAGAAGAAAGAGGCUUGGAGAGGUGACUAUCCAAGGUGAGAAAGCCCGAAAGAGGCAGAGCCAGAGCUGACUAGCUGCAAGGCCGCAGCUAGAGGGGCUGCCUGAGCAAAAGGGAUCUGGGCUGGUGGUGUAGGGAGACUGGGGUGGGCAGCGCCAGCUCAAGGCAUGCCAAAUGAGCUCCCUCCCCAGGUGAAGACUGUUAGGUCUGCCGUGUCUCAUAAGCAGGGGGCACCUGGAUGCUGGAGGUGGGACCUCGGGAAGUCUCCAUCCCCGCCCCCCCCGCCCCCCUCAAUGGCCACACUAUUAAUGAGCGCUUCAGGCUCAGCUCCAUUCACCCUUCCAGCUCUGUCACUGCAGACCCAGGAGGUGAGCUCUGAGGUGCACAUGGCACUGAAUGUGGGGCAGGGAGGGGUGGCCUCUUCCUUCCACCCCCCACUGCCUGCUCAGAGCUUGGGCCAUCAGCCUUCUCUGAUUAAGUUGACUUCUUCUAAACCUUGCAUCCAGGGGCUGCCAGCAGCCAAAUCCCCCUGAUUGAGAUGUUCCCGACAUCAGAGAAUAAACAGCCUCCCUUGUCCAAACAGCUGUGCUGAGCCGCAUUCCUGUCUCUCAGCCUGCUCGGCUGGGUGGGGCUGCAGCCCUGCGUCUACCUCCAGCAGAGGCCUGGGGGACCUGGUGAGUGGCUGGAAGGGAGAGGGGAGGUGGCCUUCUGUCUUCAGACUGCACAGGACAUUCCUGUGCCCGAGUCCCCAUUUCGCCCCACUGCCAAGCAUCUCAGCCCUCAGCCCCUCCUGGCACAAGCUCUGUGUUUGUAACAAUGACUCUGACUUCAGAAGAGGUCAACACCAGGCCACUGUCCCUGGGUUUGGAGCGCCUUCACCCUUGUGCAGAGGCUGCCUGGUGAAUUUGAAACUCAUACAUCGUUCUAGCUAGAUCUGAAGGCAUCACACCCACAUGGCUUGUUUUACAGAGGUGGACAUAGCGAGUCAGUGCAGAAGCAGGAUGAGACUCCGGGCCUUUCUUGCUAUCUACUACCUUGGGAUGUUGUGGCUAGAAUGACGUGAGGGGCUCUGAGUGAGAGGCACGGCCCAUGUUAUUGGAGAGGAGCAGAGGUGUUUUCACCCUAUGCCUGUUUUGGAGAUCAGGCUUGCGGCCGAGCCAUUUCCUGAGAAAGCAAGGCCUCUGGAAAAGCACUGUUCACCAGCCCCUCCUAAAUCAUCCUGCUGGGAGUGGAGCUGGGACAGCAGGACCUGAGUGGGGCUCUGCCACUGUCCACAGUCCAGCGUCCAGUGGAGGCUUGGCCAGGGUGUGGGAAGCAGCCAGGGCCAGAGGGCAGAUUACUUGGGAAGGGGGAGCCCCCCUGCACACAGCAUCUGCUUCUCUGCCCUAGGGCUCUGGCCUGAACUGUCGGGGAGGAGAGAGAACAGCAUUCCUGUCUGCAGAAGGAAUUCCUCUAGGAUCCCCCUCUGGCCGCAGACAGGAGGAGGAGGGAGGCAGACAGGAGGAGGAGGGAGGCAGACAGGAGGAGGAGGGAGGCAGACAGUGUGGGAGCCCAGGGCAGCCUGAGGGUCUCUGUGGACAGGUGUCUUACUCAGUCUUCCUUGGGCCUAUGGCUUUGUCUUCAUCUAGCUGCGUGUAUCAGUGUGGAUUCAUGUGACUGUUCCAUGUUUGUAUGUGUAGGUGGCUACAUUUCUGGUUGGAGUUAGAUUCCUCAGUGGGGAAGUGUAUACUUAUAUGUUUUUCUGCAUGUGUAUAUAUCCACCUCUCUGUGUAAGCUUGUGUGUGUGGGUAUCAUCACGGGAAAGUGUGGGCCUCUGUGUCUUUGCAUAGAUGAGUAGGUUUACGCCUACCUACAGGUGGAAGUGCACAUGUGAGCAUUUAGGUUAUUUUGGUACAAACAUGGACUUGUCUUUGUAGAUGUAAGUUUAGGCAUAUGUGUCUUUGAGAGCGUGGGCAUAUAUUUGUCACUAAUAUGUUGGUGAGUCUCUGAAAGCAUGUAUGUCUGUCUACUUAUAUUUGUGCAGAAGCAUUCAUUCACUCAAUCUUCAAUUCAUUCAUAAAGUGAUUUGCUCAUUUACUAACAGACAUCUUUAAAGUGCUUGUGCUGUGACUGGGCCCACACUGGCACAGGGAAGUUAGAGAGGUGUCUAGGGUGGCUCCUAACAUUUGAAAGACCCAGAGCAAGAGCACAAAUGAAGGCUUAUGUUCAUGUCUAAAUAUUUAAAUAAGUCAAAACAACAAACGGCUAAAUGAAAGACUCAAUCCUAAUAACUGGAGAGCUGGGUUUGAUUUUGAAUUCCUAGCUCCUCUGAGUUUUGUGCUGGAACACAGCAACACAGAGCAAGUGGCCCCAGCCUCUCCUUCCCCAUCCCAGCUCCAUCCUGUACCUCGAGGGGCCUCGCAUGCAUGCGUGACUCCUCACACAUUGCAAACUCCAUGCAUACACCCCACCCCCUGGCCACCCUUUGGGCCUAGGGGUGCCCACACCAUUGGCAAAGUCUGCCCAUAUGGCUCUGAGCAGGAGAUAAUAGGGUCCCAUG